UCAGCCCAAACAGAGACUCCUUAGAGCCCAAAGGCAGCUGCUCAGAGCACUCCUGGGUCCGUUCUGCCAGCCCUGUUGCCCGUCAUCUCUAGAACCAGAAACUGCAUCUCAUGGGUGUGGGGCGGAGCAAUUCCCUCCACCUGCCUGACCCACAAAGCCUGGGAGAUGGAGUCCUUGCAGUUUGCUUGUCUCUGUGAACUCUGCGACUGUGGUCGACACAAGCGCCACAAGAACUGCAAGAAGCGGAGCCGGCCAGCACCUCAGGACUGCAGGCGGCCCCAGCUGUCCCAUUACAAGGCAACUUACACCCAGCCACCAAACGUGCAUCCUCGAAGCAGCAAGAGGCCACUCCGCACCCCUCCACACCCCAACCCCCCAGCCAUGGCCUUCAGCACCACGCAGCGGGCAGAGUUCAUCCCCUGGGAGCUGGGCCAGAGGACCAAGCCGCACGUCCGGGAGGCAUAUCAGUGCCCACAGGAGCCCUUCCAAAGCCAGAGUCUGUACCGCCUCCACUUCCCGCCCAGGGAGCUGGUCGUGACCACCCUCCGGUGGCCCCCGACUCACGGGCAGCCCGACGGCUCUGGCUUCCCCCACACCACGACCACCAAGGAGAGCUACAAGGGAUGGCGAGCAGAACGCCCAGCCUGCUAUGGAGAGCCGCCAACCCUGGCAGGCGCUCUCCUGUCCCCUGACCAGGCGGCCAAGAUGGAAAGCACCACACAGCGAGAGUUCACGGAGAAACGCGUCCCCAAACCGGAGCUGCUCAAAGGCCUGCAGGCUCAGCUCACCAUCGAAGGUGAUCAUGACAUGAUGACAACCCACCAGAGCACCUACCAGUCUGUGCCUUUAGAGAAGCGGGUAGCCCAGUCAAGCGGAAAGGGAGUAGUGCCAGCAAGGAAACGAACACAGGUGGAAUACAUGACCAAGUACCAGAGUGAUUUCCCAGCACGCAGCUUGUUACCUGCACAGAUUUGGCCUGCUCAGCCUCCUCUGGACAACCUGGCAAUCAAUCAGGGAUUCAGCACAGAUUUUCAGACAGUGCAGAGAAAAAGCUACCAUGGCUGGGACACUCGCAGAUACCCUCGUGCCAGCCUCAUCAAGCUGAAAGAGGAGCUGGCAGACUUGGGGAGAGAGUGGGAUGGAAAAUUCAGUGGAGACACGGUGACCAAGCUGUCUUACCCUCCUCUGUCCAUGGACAGGCCUCUAGAGACCAUCCAGUGGCCCUCCACGGUGCUGAGAUCCCGCCCUGCAAAGUUUGAUGAUUCCACAGCCCACAAGUUCUUCUUCAGAGACUGGGGAGUCCAGCCCCGAAUCCGGCAAGGCGACCCCCAUGAUGGAGUCUACAUCCAACCUCUGGCCAAGUUUGAAAGCCAAACUACCACACACAGCACGUUCCUGCCCCAGAGAGCGGAGAAGGUGAAGAACUGCAAACCAGAGCAGAAACCAAUCCGAACACAGGGAAAGCAGGAUUUCUCCACCAUCCACAGGGAGUCUUACAGGCCAAUCCCGCUCCCAGUCUGUCGUUUGCAAAUGUACUUGAUCCAGCAACAGCAGCAGGAAAGAGAAACAAUGAAUUUUCUCAUGCCCGUUAAAGCCUGCUAUGCAGUGUAGAUGCAGAUCCCUCAGACAGAUCAACUCUGUCCCCAGGAUGCUAAUGGGCAAACAAUUACUAACUAGACAAUUUAAUAAACUGUUUUUUGUGCAUUUUAGCAACAUUAAAAUGGCAUAAUCUAAAAUCUCAGAUUGAGUAUGCCUAUACUGCAGAGGUGUGACUGCAGCUAACACAGAAGUACUCACGCUAACUGUAUCCUAGCUAGCGUGGCUAAAAACAAAGACACAGCAGCACAGAAUAGAUACACAAGUACAUACCAAGGGUUCUUGUCAGGCUUGUACAGCCUGCAUGUCUUUGCUGCCUUUUAGCCAGGUUAGCAAGGUUAAAGCUAGCACAGGUAAGCAAUCACACCUCUGAUCACAGUGCAGAUGCACACCCAGAAUAGCUUCUGUUAAUUUGGCUGUUGUGCAUGGAUGUGGUAUUUGUUUCUUAAGAUACAGCAAUACAAAUGUAAUAGCCGUUGAAACUACACAAUAAUUGUACCUAAUUUCAUUGUAUUUCCUGUUUAAGGAUUCUGUAGGAAUUUUACCUUUAAUAACUUCUAAUAUUUUAACACUAGCUUUCAGAGUGUGUUAGCCUAUUAUUUUGCAUUUUAUUUUAAAGAUAAUAAUUGUUUGUGCUUAGUGUUAGCACUUAAAUGGUCCUGAUUAAACAGAUGUGCAUUCCUCAGCAAAAGGAGUGUUUCCAACUUUCUCUCUAUCUGAACAACGCCAAACAGUAGUUUUCUGCAAAGCUGGAAUAACAGAGGAGCACCAGCAGCACGUGACUUAUCAGAAAAAUCAGAUGACAAAAACAAAAGUAUUUUUACAUACAUCUAUCUCAAGAGGGCAAAGGCCUACAACUUACAUUGACUUAAAAUAUCCAAGGGUUAAUUUUUUUUUUAAUCACCAAUUCAAACUUAAUUGUAACUGUUGUGAAAGAUUAUAAUACGAUAUCUGCGCCAUGCAUACAUUUAUCCUACACGUGUAUUUGUGUUUGGAGUUGGUCUUCACCAGGAACUUAAAUCGGUAGAGCUACUUGUCUCAGGGGUCUGAAAAAUCCACACCCCUGAAAGACACACCUAUGCCAACUUAACCCCCGCUGUAGGUUUAAAGUUUAAAAAAAAAAAACACCCAGCACAAAGAGCCAGCUAAAAACAAAGUUAUUAUUUACAAUUGUACAUCCAGGUUAGAGGACCGCUAGAAAUUUAACCUGUUAAAUAAAAAAGGAGCUUGACCUUUUGACCAGGAGAGCGCACCACCCCAAGAAUCACAUUUCCUAAGAAAACCUUUGCACUAUACUUCUUACCCAGCACCCUCAUGCAGUACGAGAACCAUGGGAGCCUAAUUGCUAUCCCAAGACCCAGACUGCUACUAAGCAAGGACCUUCCAUGGAAACAGCUGGGGCAUUCAACACCUUCUCUCUACAAAGAAAACAAAGAUGUAAAGUAAAACAACAGCUGCCUGUGAGAUCAGAGGUGCUUUCUCAACAGGAGGGACCAGGCCACAUUGUCUCUCCCUUAGCUGUGGCUCAGAGUCUUGGCAUAGCAGUCAUCUGUUCUGAAAGUUAGAUUUCAGGUUUAAACAAACAUGCAAACAGCAAGGCUGUGACUUUGCAACUGCCAAGCUAGCUUGGUACUGUCAGACCGCUUGAUAGAGACCAACCCCUUGCCAUCAGAUACUCAAAAGAAAAUCACAUUCAGGGUAGUACAUUUAAACCCACCAUUAACUGCAUCUUUCCAUAAGGAGUUAACCCAGACCAACUGCCAGACCUUUUAGCCAGGAUGGGUUUUUUGUCAAAUACAACAAAAGAGUUUCUCCCCCACAC